CCGCCGUUGCCGCCGCCACAUCCCCGCCGAGCGCGGCCCAGCCACGCCGAGGAAGGCCGCCCGCAGCCCCGCCCGCGCAGAGGCCGCCCGCAGGCCCCGCCUAGGCCUUCCCCAGGCCGCGGCGCCCUCCGCCAGCAGGCCCCGAGCAGGCCGCGCCUAGGCCGCCGCCUCAGCCUCGGCCACCACGGGCCCACAGGCCGCAAAGAGAUACAUUAUUACUAAUGAGAUUUAAAGGCCAUGGAUGAAGAUGGACUUGAACUACAGCCACAUGAUUCACAUGCAUUUUUUGAUUCUACAGCAGCUGAUGGAACACACAUGAAUGGAAAUGAAAUUGUGGUCGAAAUACAGGAAACUGUAUAUGUAUCAGAUGUGGAGGACGCUGAUAUAACUGUCCAUAAUUUUGUUCCUGAUGAUCCAGAUUCGGUAGUAAUCCAAGACGUCAUUGAGGACGUUGUCAUAGAAGAUGUUCAAUGUUCAGAUAUCAUGGAGGAUGCAGACGUAUCUCAGACUGUUAUUAUACCGGAAGCAGUGCUGGACAGUGUUGUCACCGAAGAGGUUUCUCUAGCACACUGCAGUGUCCCGGAUGAUGUUUUAUCUUCUGAGAUCACACCUUCAACAAUGUCAGUACCUGAACAUGUGCUCACCAAUGAGUCCUUGCACAUCCCUGAUGUUGGACACAUGGAACACGUCAUUCAUGAUCACAAUAAUGUUGUAGAAGCAGAGAUUGUCACAGGUUCCCUGGGAGAGGAUGUAGUUUCAGAGGUGCUGGUGGCAGACUGUGCCUCUGAAGCUGUAAUCGAUGCCAGUGGAAUUCCUGUGGAACAUGACGAGGACAAGGGCAACUGUGAAGACUACCUUAUGAUUUCUCUGGAUGAGGCGGUCAAGGCAGAAACUGACAAUUCGGUUGAUAUUAAAUCAGACUCUGAAAGUGAUCCCUGUAAAAUGGAUGGCAUUUGCCCAGAAGUCAUCAAAGUCUAUAUUUUUAAAGCUGAUCCUGGAGAAGAUGAUAUAGGAGGCACAGUAGACAUUGUGGAAAGCGAAUCGGAAAAUGACCAUGGAGACACAUUAGUUAAUCAAAAUAGCAGUGUUCGUAUUCCAAGGGAGAAAAUGGUUUAUAUGGCAGUAAAUGAUUCUCAACAUGAAGAUGAAGAGUUAAAUGUGGCAGAGAUUGCUGAUGAAGUCUACAUGGAAGUGAUAGUAGGAGAGGAAGAUGCUGCAGCAGCUCACGAACAACCAAUUGAUGACAAUGAAAUGAAAAGUUUUAUGCCAAUAGCUUGGGCAGCUGCUUAUGGUAAUAACACUGAUGCUGUUGAAAACCGAAAUGGAACUGCAAGUGCUCUCUUGCACAUAGAUGAGUCUGCUGGACUUGGGAGGCUAGCAAAACAAAAGCCAAGAAAGAGAAGGAGGCUGGAAUCCAGGCAGUACCAAACAGCAAUCAUAAUUGGGCCCGAUGGCCACCCUUUGACAGUCUAUCCCUGUAUGAUUUGUGGGAAGAAGUUUAAAUCUAGGGGUUUCUUGAAGAGGCAUAUGAAGAACCACCCAGAGCAUCUCCUUGCUAAGAAAAAAUAUCGAUGUACUGACUGUGAUUACACUACAAAUAAAAAGUUAAGUUUGCAUAACCAUCUGGAGAGCCACAAGCUCAUUACUAAGACCGAGAAGCUCAUUGAAUGCGAUGAAUGUGGGAAACAUUUCUCUCACGCUGGAGCAUUGUUUACACACAAGGUGGUGCACAGGGACAAGGCGGCAAGCAAGAUGCACAAAUGCAAGUUCUGCGAGUACGAGACAGCGGAGCAGGGGUUGCUGAACCGGCACCUUUUGGCUGUGCACAGCAAGAACUUCCCCCAUAUUUGUGUGGAAUGCGGCAAAGGGUUUCGGCACCCUUCAGAGCUCAAGAAACACAUGCGCAUCCACACGGGCGAAAAACCCUAUCAAUGCCAAUAUUGCGAGUAUAGGUCUGCUGACUCUUCCAACUUAAAAACACAUGUAAAGACUCGGCACAGUAAGGAAAUGCCCUUCAAAUGUGACAUUUGUUUCCAGAUCUUUUCGGAUACCAAAGAGCUGCAGCAGCAUAUUAUUAUGCACCAAGAGAACAAAACACACCAGUGCUUGCACUGUGACCACAAAAGCUCAAACUCUAGCGAUUUAAAGAGGCACAUAAUUUCCGUUCACACCAAGGACUACCCCCACAAGUGUGAGAUGUGCGAUAAAGGCUUUCACAGGCCAUCGGAACUCAAAAAACACGUUGCGGUGCACAAAGGCAAAAAACUGCACCAGUGCAGACACUGUGACUUUAAGAUUGCCGACCCGUUUGUUCUGAGCCGCCAUAUCCUCUCAGUUCACACAAAGGAUCUUCCGUUCAGGUGCAAGAGGUGCAAGAAAGGGUUCAAACUGCAAAUAGAACUCAAAAAACACAUGAAAACACACAGCGGUAGGAAAGUCUACCAGUGUGAGUAUUGUGAGUACAGCACUACAGAUGCCUCGGGUUUCAAACGCCACGUUAUUUCCAUUCACACCAAAGACUAUCCCCACCGUUGUGAGUUCUGCAAGAAAGGCUUCCGAAGGCCUUCUGAGAAGAACCAACACAUAAUGCGGCAUCAUAAAGAAAUGGGUUGCCAUGAGGACUCCUUUAGAGGUGGAUUCGGGACGGGUGCGUGUAAGAGAGAAGCUUUCUAGCCAGUUAUUGUAUUUUAAAGCCGAUCACACAAAAUACUGUGCAUUUGAUUUAUUGCUGAAUACAGAUAGGAUUACUGCUUCUAGUUGACUUUUAUACAAUUUUUUUCAUUAGUGUGUUCUGAAUUCUCUUCCGUUUGCUUAAUAAAUGAGAAAGGAUGGCAACAAUAAAGUUGCAUUAAAUAAAUAAAUUCUGUCUCAUACUGAAUUUUUCCACAAUGUUUGGUUCUCUUGACAUGUUUACCUUACUGGAUGCUGCGUAUUCAGUGACCAUAUUCACUCAGUUUUGUCAUGAGAAAUUUUAAAUUUGCUCUUAAUUAAAAAAAUGUCAUAGUGAGAUCUGUAUAACAUAAACUUAUAAAAUGAAUGUCAAAAUAGAGCAUUGUGUCAUAAGACCCACCUAACUGUUUCACUGGUAUGUAAGGAACUUGCGGCAAAAUAUUCAUUCAGGUAGUUACUCAGUGCUAUUUUCCAUUAUUUGAGGUUCUUUUUUAUAUAGUGUUUUAACUCUUUCCUAAAAAGUAAUAAGAAAUACAUUGGUUGCUGGGAGCAUUUCUUUUCCGUAGGUGUGACUUUCAAAGAAAAAAAUUGAGGCACUUGUUCAUAAGUAUUAUCUGCUUAUCUGCCUUUUGGUUUUGUAUGCCAAUGUACAUGUGUUUUGAAACCUAUUGUUUAAGCUGUUGACAGGAUAAAUGACUCAAUAUUCACUGUUGCUAAAUUUACCCCGAAUUAAAUGCAAUUUUAUUACAAAA